AUGAACUCGUACUUUGAGCAGACCACGGGUGGCUUCUACGGAAGCCACCAUCAUCAAACAGGAGCGGCAAGUCAGCAUCAUGAUCCAGCCACCGCAGCAGCGUAUCGAAGCUUUCCACUCGGAUUAGGUAUGUCGCCCUACGCUUCGGCGCAGCAUCAUCAUCACACAUCAUCCUCGUUAGGAAUACACCCAGGCGGUGGAAGUAACACAAGACCACCUCAAGACUCGCCAUAUGACGCGAGCGUUGCGACGGCCUGCAAACUUUACUCGACGACACCUGAGGCAACCGGUCACACCACGUCUUCAUAUUCAACAUCGGCAACGAAAGACUGUAAGCAACAGGAUCAAACGUCGACCCAUCAAAACGGCUAUGCUGCGGUGAUGGCAGCGGCGGCGGUCAAGGACGUUUGGCAAUCAGCGACCUCGGGAGCGAACAGCCAGAGUAAUUCGGUCGUACGUCCCUCGGCGUGUACCCCAGAGAGUACAAGGGUCAGUAGCUAUGGUGGUCUCGUAGGCGGUGAUCCAGCAUCGAGUCCUGGUAACAACAGUUCGUCAAGAUCCCUCACGUCGUCUUGGAACACCUGCAGUUUAAACUCGACCGCGAGUCAACCGGUCGCCACGCAACUACAUCAGCAACCUACUACCAACCAUACCUUCUACCCCUGGAUGGCUAUAGCAGGGGCGAACGGAAUGCGCAGGCGCGGCCGACAGACCUACACGCGCUACCAGACUCUGGAGCUGGAGAAGGAAUUCCACACGAACCACUAUCUUACCAGGCGGAGGCGAAUCGAGAUGGCACACGCGCUCUGCCUGACAGAACGGCAAAUCAAGAUUUGGUUCCAGAAUCGGCGAAUGAAGUUGAAGAAAGAGAUUCAGGCGAUCAAGGAGCUAAACGAACAGGAGAAGCAAGCGCAGGCACAAAAGGCGGCAGCAGCAGCGGCGGCGGCUGCGCAUCAGCAACAAGGGGGCGGUGGGGGACCAGAGGGGGGCAACUAGGGGUACGCCCUGCAUCGGAGCCCCCCUGACCACCCCACCGCCAAUCCACACCACCCUCUACUAGCACCGCAAUGUACACAGCUGUAUUAAAGGUGAGUGGCAGGCUGCACCCGCUGUCUCUGCAAUGCCAAAUAGAUGGUCGAUGUGCGUAUCUGUCGAUCGUCAAUUUAUCGGUUGCGGCGAAUCGGAUGCUGCACCCGGUGAGUGACGAACCUUCCCCACCAUGGCUACCUCCCGUAGCUCACUUUGACCGAUAUGCUCCCAGACCAAUCAGUAUCCAAGUACACAGUAUCAUCCAUAUAAGCCUAGCUCUGUUGUAGUCGUUCCCCUUUCUGGUCUCUCUACCUGUAGUUUCUGCUUUGGUGCAGUAGCAUGUAGAUAGGGGAUUGAAUUAUCGAGGGUGGCCAAUCAGCCGCGGAUCCGGGGUGUCGUUUGCGAA